AUGAUGCUAAUUUUUGUGCCUGUGCAGGAACUUGUGUCGUGCCGAGUGGCUGCGCUGCGUUCUCUCCAACCAAACCAAUUUAGACAACAGUCCAGAGGGAACACGUGCGCGCCAUUCGAACAACAUAACUUGUGCAGUGCCAGUGCCUUUAUUUAUUAUGUACAUGCCGUAGUCCCAUCACCUGUGAUGGAACUCAAAAUCAGCAUGCACGUUGAGUUCUCCCCAUGGAAUUUUGUUCCUUCAGUUGAAAAGAGCCAUUGUUUUGAGAAAAAUCCAGAGGAAUCAUGGGAAACGUUAUUGUUGGAUGGGUUUAGAUUUGUUCAGAUCCCAGAUCCAUACUUGUCCAAUGCAUAUCUUUCUUAUCAAAAGAAACGCUCAUGA